CUGGGUCGCUGUCCAGUUUCUUGGCAAAGCGGGCAUAUAAACCACUGUGAAGUGUCGCCUGUGGCACGGAUUUUGCUGCUCUUAAGUGCUUCGCGGUUGCGAGUCUCCUGCAGUCAUCGUCCUAGAGUUCCCGGGGCCAUUCCAUCUAGGGCACAUUCAAUACAGUAGAGCGGUUUAUCCUUGAGUCAUUUCCUCAAGUAUCCCUUUCUGCGCAGCUACUCCCUUUCUUUGCUCCUUCAGGUACCGAUACAAAUAGAAAUGAAUGAAACGUUCGAAAAUACGCUUAUCCAUAGCUACGAAUUCGAGAAGGUGUCGGACUUUCGACCCUUGCUGUCUGAAUAUUGGUCACUGGCCAUUGUUUUGGCUCUGGUUUACCUCAUGUUCAUUUUCAUGGGGCAGAAAUAUAUGAAGGACCGAAAAGGCUUCAACUUACGAUUGCCUCUAGUGACUUGGUCUUUCACCCUUGCCAUUUUCAGCAUCCUGGGAGCUGUGAGGACAUGGAAAUAUGGAGGAAAUCUACUCAUAAUGAUGGGGCUGAAGAAUUCCUUAUGCCACCAUAGCAUCGUCACUAACCCUACUGUGCGCUUCUGGGCCUUCCUUUUUGUACUUAGCAAAAUUGUGGAGCUUGGGGACACUGCAUUCAUCAUACUUCGGAAGCAGCGGCUCCUGUUCUUGCAUUGGUUCCACCAUAGCACAGUGCUAGUGUACACAUGGUUUGCCUACAAGUAUGCUGUGGCAGGUGGUUUCUGGUUCAUGACUAUGAACUAUGGUGUACAUGCUUUCAUGUAUUCUUACUACACAGUGAAGGCCUUGCGUCUAAAGCCCCCCCGAAUUCUGCCCAUGCUCAUCACCACUCUGCAGAUCACACAGAUGUUUGUUGGGGCUUCUGUCAGCAUCCUGAGCUUCCUCUUUCGAAAUGACUGUGAGUGCUACACCUCUAAGCAAUACCUCUUCUGGACUUUUGCCAUGUACUUUGCCUACUUUGCCCUUUUCCUGCACUUCUUUUAUAAGGCCUACUUCUCAACUUCUCAAACCAAGGCUAAGAGCCAGUGAAGUCAGAGAUCUAAAGAAGUAAGAGAGCCAACUGCUCCUCUCCUUUGGAAGUGGACCUUUCAGGGAGGGGAAAGUCCUGAGGGCAGAGGGAAUGAAGCACAGGUCAGGCUCUGGGGAUAAUUGUGUGGUCCUCUCCUACUCCAAUGUGUUCUUGGGGAAAUAAGGGAGAUUUACCAAGAUGCGCUCCCUUCCUUUGUGUGGGGUUAGGACUUGAGAAACCCCCUCCCACACAUACACAUAGGAAAAAGCCCCAUAAUUUGAUAUUUCUGAUUUUAACGUGAAGUCCAGAGAGAACGUCCCUUUUUCAGGCCCUUAGGUAAGAUGGAGGCUAGUGCUGGUCCUGUCACAGGGAAAUAGUCCUGGCCUUCUGAGAUUAUUUAUAUUUCUAUUGAGAAAUCUUAAUUCUUCUCGCUAUAUUUUUAAAAAUUAAACAUCUAAAAGAAA